CAGCAACCACAACAACCACGGCACCAACCACAACAUUAGUGGCUCAAACCACAACAACUGUGGUACCCAUUACAACAACAGUGGCACCAACCACAACAAUAGCUGCUCCAACUACAACUACAGUGGCAACUACCACAACAACUGUUGCACCAACGACAACCACUGUGGCACCCACCACAACAACAUUUGCUCCAGCCACAACAACAACAGCUGUUCCAACCACAAAACAGUGGAACUAACCACAACCACUGUGGCAUCCACCACAACAACAGCUGCUCCAACCACAACAACAGUUGCAGAAACCACAACUCCUGCUCCAUUUACAACAACAGUGGCACCAAUGACAACCACUGUGGCUUCAACCACAACAACAGUUGUACCGACCACAACAUCUGCUUCUCCAACCACAACAACAGUGGCUCCAACCACACCAUCUGCUGCACCAACAACGACUACAGCUGCUACAACCACAACAAGAGUGGCUCCAACCACAACAUCUCUUGCACAAACAACGACUACAGCUGCUCCAACCACAACAACAGUGGCGUCAACGACAACAACUGUGGCACAAACCACAACAUCAGUGGCUCCAACCACAACAACAGUAGCUCAAACCACAGCAACAAUGGCACCGACCACGACAACAGCUGCUCCAACCACAAAAUCUGCUACACCAACAACAACUACAGCUGCUCCAACAACCACUGUUGCACCAACCACAACAAUAGUGCCACCAAGCAUAACAUCUUCUUCUUUUCCAACAACAACUACAGCUGCUCCAACCACAACACCAGUGGCACCAACCACAACAACAGCUGCUCCAACAACAACAACAGCUACUACAACAACAUUAACUGGUGCUCAAACCACAACCACGGUGACACCAAUCACAACCACUGCUGUACCAACCACAACCACACCUGCAACAAUUCCAACAACAGCGGCACCAACCACAACCACUGCUGCAACAAUCACGACAACAUUAUCACCGGCACCAACCUCUGCAGGCCCAACCACUGCGGCCCCACCCACUAAAGUUCCAAUCACAGCAACAGCUGUACCAACCACAACAACAGCUGCAUCAAGCACGACCACAAUGGCCCCAACCACAACCACUGCAUUACCAAGCACUGUGGUAACAACCACAACAACAACUGCACCAAAAACACCAACUGGCACUCAAACCACAACCACAACAGCUCCAACAACAACAGCAUCUGCUCCCACAACGACAACUCAAACGAAGACCACAGCGGCACCAACCACAACCACAGCUGCAGCAGCCACAAACACAGCUGCGCAAACAACAACCACAGCUUCAACAACCAUGACAAUAGUGACACCAACCACAACCACUGCUGCACUAACCACAACAAUAGCUGUUCCGACCACAACCACAGCUGCACCAACCACAACAACAGCUGCUAAAACAACACCAACAGUGGCGCCAACGACAACAACAACUACAGCUGCUCCUAAACCAACUGUUGUUGGUUUAGGAGCAGCAGGUCAAACCACUUUAACAACUGCACCAUCCCUAACCAUAACCACAACCUCUCCCACACCACCCUCCGCAACAUCACCUUCUCCAACAGCAGCACAAACCACAGUAACUGCUGCUCCAACCACAAUCACUGCAGCACCAACAUCAGCAACAUCUGCCCCAACAACAAUUACUUCAACAACAAGCACUACAGCUGUUGUUAUAAGUAAUGCAUUUUCUAUCAGAAUGAAUGUAAUCCAUUUUCUAUUGGGACUUCUCUUCAUCCUUUAUUAACUAACAGGAAAACACACACUAACCACUAAAAAACUGUGAAAGGACCUACUGAAUGUACCACCGAAGUUUGCUUCUACUUUUCUUGUUUAGUUGGGUUUUUCUAACCAGAUUUAAGUGCCUGCAUAGGGCUGAGGAAGGAUAAAUAUUUAACACACCUUUUCU